AUGGCGGCUUCUGAUUAUUGUUUAAAUAUGAAUAAUCGAAUGUCUUUUACUGAAUACUUGGAUGAGCAUUAUAUUCCGGAUCCUUAUGAAUUUUACCAUCCUCAACACACGGCAUCUUGUUCUUCUCCAGAAAGUGACAGUUACAGCAUGUUUAUGGAAGAACCAAAGAUAAAAGUUGAAUUUCCUGAAUCUCUUGAUCCAUCAUCAUGUUCUCUUUAUAGCGUGUCAAGAAAUAUACAUCAAGAUAACUGUGCUGAUCUUACAGUCUGUAAUCCAUCUAGCAUUACCACACCACUUACACCUCUCGAUUCACCUCAUGAUCAAUCACCGAUCAUGUCACCGACAGGUCUUUCAAUGUCUCAUCAUCAUAUUAUAAAUGAACAAAGGGAUAUUAUUCCUGAAGUAAUGUUAGCAAAUAGUAAUAAUAGUCGUGGUGGACGUCGUGGUAGAAUUCCAUCUUCAUCAGUUUCAUCAGUUCACGAAAUGUUUCAAGAUCCACAAGAUUUUCAUCGUUCAAUUAUGGGCUCUUUACCCUCACCACCACCAGCACAACCACCAACAACAACAAAAUCUACUGGCAAAUCAAGAGGACGACGUAUGACGAAUAAACCUGCAAAACCUGGAACAAAAUCUUUUGAAUGUCAUUAUGCAGGGUGUGGACGAAUUUUUAAGAGGUCGGAGCAUCUUAAACGUCAUAUUCGUUCGAUACAUACUCUCGAACGACAUAAUCUUAGUCAACACAUUCGUGUUCAUAGACCAAAUGGUAAAGAAAAGAACGCGCCCGCGAGAGCUUUUAGUAAUUUCACACCUUAUUUGCAGACAUAUCAGGCUAGUAAUGUUCAUACGGCGUUACCACAGAACUGA